UCAUCCUCAUAAAAUACAUUCCCAAAUUAACUGUAGUAUUGAAAACAAUUAUUUCAGUAAUUUUUUUCUUAAGGUUAUCAAUUGUUUAGGGUUAAACUACAGAUUAAAUGGAGAUGUAAUCUUCGGACUAGUUGUUGAAUUGUAUUUUUUUUGCUGAUAAUAUAAUUCUUCCAAUGGUCAAUUUUUUAUUUUAGUGAUUCAACACGUGGUUUUAACAUAUUUUCACUAUUUCAACUUAAUGUAUUAUUUAAUUCUUGAUUAAUCCAAUAAUCUCGAUUAUCCAUUAUUUUAUAAUAUAUUUUUCUCACAAUGGCGUUUACUGAUAACUUGGCUCUCAUCAGUGUAUCAGAUAAAACAGGAUUGUUGGAUUUGGCAAAAAGUUUGGUAGAUGCUGGUUUCAAAUUGUUAGCAAGUGGUGGAACUGCAUCUUUUAUUGAGAAUGACGGAAAAUUACAAGUUACAAGUGUUUCUGAAUUCACUGGUGCACCAGAAAUACUUGGAGGACGAGUAAAAACUUUACAUCCUGCCAUUCAUGGAGGAAUACUGGCUCGUUUAACACCAGCUGACCAAAAUGAUUUGAAGAAAAAUAAUUUCAGUUUUAUAAAGAUAGUAGUAUGUAACCUAUAUCCAUUUGAAAAAGUUGUUACUCUAUCAGAUACUAAAAUUGAAGAUGCUGUUGAAAAUAUUGAUAUUGGAGGUGUAACACUUUUGCGGGCUGCUGCAAAAAAUCAUGAACGUGUUACUGUUCUUUGUGAUCCUGCUGAUUAUUUGGAAAUAGCUAAAGAAAUAUCAUUGACCAAAGAUACACUUUUAGAAACACGUAAAAAAUUAGCUUUAAAAGCAUUUACACAUACUGCCAUAUAUGAUGAUUGCAUAUCAGAUUAUUUCCGGAAGAAAUUUGCCUGUGGAGAAAGCCAAAUGAGUUUAAGAUAUGGGAUGAAUCCUCAUCAAUCUCCAGCACAGCUUUUUAUAACGGAAACAAAAUUACCACUUAAAGUAAUUAAUGGUUCACCGGGAUACAUUAAUUUAUGUGAUGCUUUUAAUAGUUGGCAACUAGUUAAGGAACUCAAAGAAGUUACUGGUCUUCCAGCUGCUACUUCAUUUAAACAUGUCAGUCCAGCAGGAGUAGCUUUAGGCAUACCAUUAAAUAAGAUUGAAGCACAAUUAUGUAUGGUUAGUGAUCUACUUGAAAUAAUGACUCCACUUGGAUCAGCAUAUGCUCGUGCUAGAGGUGCUGAUCGUAUGUCUUCAUAUGGAGAUUUCAUUGCUUUAUCACACCCUUGUGAUUUAGUUACAGCUAAAAUAAUUUCUAGAGAAGUCUCUGAUGGUAUAAUUGCUCCUGGAUAUAGUGAUGAAGCUUUAAAUUUGCUAAAGAAAAAGAAAACUGGAAAUUAUUGUGUUUUACAAAUAGAUCCAGCCUACUCACCUAAAUCUGUUGAGCGUAAAGUUUUGUUUGGAAUGACACUAGAACAAAAACGUAAUGAUGCAAAAAUCAAUGAGAAUCUUUUUAAUAAUGUUGUAACGAAAAGACAAGACAUAACUGAAGCAGCUAUCCGUGAUUUAAUUCUUGCUACAGUAACAUUAAAAUACACACAGAGUAAUUCAGUAUGUUAUGCUUAUAAAGGGCAAGCCAUUGGAAUUGGAGCUGGACAACAAUCUAGAAUUCACUGCACUAGAUUAGCUGGUGAUAAAGCUGAUAAUUGGUGGCUCAGACAACAUCCAUUGGUCUUAGGUAUGCAAUUUAAAAAAUCUAUUAAAAGAGCUCAAAUAUCAAAUGCCAUUGAUGAUUAUAUUGGUAACACUAUUGGUAUUGGCCUGUCUCGUGCGAGAUGGGAAAGUAUGUUUGAAGUAGUUCCUGCUGAAUUAACUUCAGAAGAAAGACGUUCCUGGUCUAAAAAAUUGAAAGGUGUCGCUUUAUCAUCUGAUGCAUUUUUCCCAUUUAGUGAUAAUAUUGAAAGAGCUGUUCAGAGUGGAGUUGAGUUUAUUGCUUGUCCAUCUGGCUCAACAAAUGAUCAAGAAGUGAUAGACUACUGCAAUGAACAAAAUAUUAUAUUGGCCCACACUAAUUUAAGAUUAUUCCAUCAUUGAAUUGGUGACAAGUUUCUUUAAAUUUUAAAUUUUUUACUAAAAAUUAAACAAUGUAAUUUUAAUUAAACUAUAUGUUCAUUGGUUGCAUAUGUGAUUAAUACUGAGUAGUUUAAAUACAUUGGACUGUUUCUAGCAUA